AUGGGAUAUAAUUACCGUAUCGAUGAUACCUUCCUUGUACCGACCAUGGGUAAUGUCUCAACCCGAUCUCGAACAGGCUGCUUAACGUGCCGACGCCGUAAGAAAAAGUGCGACGAACGGCACCCGAUAUGCAGUGGUUGCAACAGAAAUCAGCUUCCCUGCGAGUGGGUUUCUAAUGAGCUGGUGUCUAAAACACGACGGCCACGUUGUCGUCGGCAGCUUGCGGUGACCCAACUGCCGCAUGAGGCACAGAAAAUGGUCAAUGUGUUCGCCAUCCCGAAGCCCGGGAUGGUGCAGCGGCUGUUGUCACAUUUUAUAGAUCACAGCCCAAGGUGGUUAUCAACCAGGACUGGGAAACGCAGAUCAGACUUUCUGCAAUAUUUGCUGCCCGCGGUCUCGCAAAACCUACUGGUUCAUAAUUGUGUUCUCAUGAUAGCCUCGGCUGAUCUGGCCAAAUAUUGUCGUGGCGAUGUCGAAGUGCGAGCCGUAGCAGUAGAGUACUAUGGGAAGGCCGUUUCCGCUUUGCAGGGAUCGCUGAACGAGGAGCUGACUGCUGUGGCUGCAUACAACCUGCCGGGAUCCGAUUACACCCCUUUGGCAGUCCUACUGUUGUGUCUGCAUGAGUGUCAGAACUUUACAAACAGCACGCGCAUAGUGCCCCAUCUUAACGCUGCCGCCGCGCUCCUGCUUCGUCGCCUGCAUGACACUCCCGACGACCUGCCACUACGAAGCUUUUUGUUCGAACUAUUUUGCUACUAUUUCUCCCUAGUAGCCUUCUCGCACGGCUCUAGACUUUCGCUUAGUCAAGCAUCUGCCAUCUUCAGCUCUCCCAUUGUCACCCAAUAUCUCCAGCAAGGCAAUGUCAUGGGCACAUCGCAGCGUCUAUUCAUGUGUAUCUUUCGAAUAUCCAUGUUGGCGGAGAAGGUCGCAUCCGAGCGGCAGUUCCACGACUCACCGGCACGAACAGAGCUUACCGGGCUUGCGCAGCAAUUGAUCACCUGGCAACUUGAGCUUCCCCCAAGAACAGACGCAGAUAUCGCCUGGCUUAAUGACGCAAUAACAUCCGAACUCUACCGCCUGGCAUGUCUGAUAUAUAUCAAAAAGGUUCUAGAUCCCGCGCUGUCUGACGACAGUCCACCUAUUCAGGCGCUUGUCAUAGCAUUCGCUGACAAUUUGGGCCAUCUACCACCCGACGCCCCGUCGAAUAACAUUCUUUGCUGGCCGCUGGUUGUAGCUGGGCUCUCUGCCGUGGAGAGUACACACCAACGGGCCAUUAGCAUAAGACUGGGACAAAUCUAUGACAUAUGGCGGUCCGAUAUACUUUGUCAAAGUGCCGCGUUUUUGCGACAGAAGUGGCGGCGCGAUCGGAAUCCGAAUCGCUGUUUCGCAUCAGCCUCCUGUGGAGAGCAGGAAAAGGGUGAAGAUCGCUCAACGGCUGCAGUCAAUGAUAUACUCCACCUUCAGUUCCCAGUAAUUCUGGUUUAG